GAGAGCUCAAUCUUAAGCUCAGCUAUUUCUUGCCUAGGAGAAGCAGCCAGUUCAUCAUUCCAAGUCUCAGUUUCCCCAUCUGUGAAAUGGAGACACAUUGCUGCAUUUAUCUCAGAGUGUACCAUAGCUGUACUUUGUGUGGCCAAGAAGACUAGUGAAGGCCCCUUAGGCAGGAGGAGGCAUACUGGAAAAGGCUGAGAAUUGUCACCUUGAGUCCCCAGUAAAGUAACAUCCUGAUUGGGAUACAGGACAUAUGAAACGUUAAAAAAGAGACCAGACCAGAGACCUUGGAUGCUGAUGGAGAACUGGAGAUGGCACAGCCUGCCCUGGACUGGAGGAGCUCCUAGCAAAGGGUCUCCAUUGUCUGACCUUGUUGGAAUGGGGGGCCCUGGCUAGCAGCUUAGCCCUAUGGGGCCACGGUUAGGGUUUCCAGGAGAGCAGAGCCAUGAAUGAUUGAUGCUACCUCAGCUUGGGUUUCCUGCCUGUCUGCCUCCAUAUCGACAUUGGGUGCCAUGCGGCAAGCUCCACCGUGGGACUGGCUGGUGGCUGGACCUUGGGCAAGUGGGCAGCACCCUGCUCCUUCUACCUGGCCUGCACCUCCCAGACUGGCAGUCCAUGUCCUGCACUACGCUGAGGACCCAGAAUGGACACUGCUGUGGAAGCCAACCUGGGCGCUGCUGGCCACGGUCCCCGUACAGAGCUCAGUGAUGAGGACUACUACCCUCAGGGCAGCUGGGACACAGUCUUUCUGGUGGCCUUGCUGCUCCUGGGACUGCCAGCCAAUGGGCUGAUGGCAUGGCUGGCUGGCUCACAGGCCCGGCACGGGGCUGGCACAAGAUUGGCCUUGCUCCUGCUCAGCUUGGCCCUCUCUGACUUCUUAUUCCUGGCAGCAGCAACUUUCCAAAUCCUGGAAAUCCAGCAUGGAGGGCAUUGGCCACUGGGCACUGCCGCCUGCCGCUUCUACUACUUCCUGUGGGGUGUGUCCUAUUCCUCUGGCCUCUUCCUAUUGACAGCGCUCAGCCUGGACCGCUGCUUGCUGGCACUGUGCCCUCAAUGGUACCCUGGGCACCGUCCAGCCCGCCUGCCCCUCUGGGUGUGCGCUGGGGUCUGGGUGCUGGCCACACUCUUCAGUGUGCCCUGGUUGGUCUUCCCUGAGGCUGCCGUCUGGUGGUAUGAUCUGGUCAUCUGCCUGGACUUCUGGGACACCGAGGAGCUGCCUCUGCGGAUGCUUGAGAUCUUGGGGGGCUUCCUGCCCUUCCUCUUGCUGCUGGUCUGCCAUGUGCUCACCCAAGCCACUGCUUGCAAGACCUGUUGUGGACAUCAGCCUAGGCGCAUGGCCUGCCACGGCUUUGCCCGUGUGGCCAAGACCAUUUUGUCAGCCUAUGUGGUCCUGAGGCUACCUUACCAGCUGGCACAGCUGCUCUAUCUGGCUUUCUUAUGGGAUGUCUACCCUGGGUACCUGCUCUGGGAAGCCCUGGUCUAUUCUGACUACCUGAUCCUGCUUAACAGCUGCCUGAGCCCCUUCCUGUGCCUGGCAGCCAGCGCCGACCUCCGGGCCUUGCUGCGCUCUGUGCUCUCCUCCUUUGCAGCCGCUGUCUGCGAGGAGCGACCUGGAAGCUUCAUAUCCGCCGAGCCACAGACUCUGACAGGACCAACAUCUGAAGGCCAGUCAAGGUUUGAUUCUGUGGUCCAGCCUGAGGUGAAUCCUUCUGUCCAGCCACAGUCAGAUUCUGUGGUCCAGCCUGAGGUGAGCUCCUCAGCCCAGCCACAGUCAGAUUCUGUGGCCCAGCCUACGGUGGGCUCCCUGAUCCAGCCACCGUUGGAUACUGUAGUUCAACUUGAGGUGAACCCUCUGACCCAGCCAUCGUUGGAUCCCAUGGCUCAACCUCAAGUAAACCCCUCAGCCCAACCACAGUCAAAGUCUGUGGUCCAGCCUCAAGUGGACCCCCUGACCCAGCCACAGUCAAACACAGAGGCCCCAAUCCCUGCCUGCGGGGACGAGACAGCCUCUAACCCUGGUGAGGAAAACUCCUCUGGCCCAUGCCCAGAUCCCACUCCUGGGGCCCCUGAGAACCAAGACAGACCAGCUGUUCCCCAGGAAGGAAGCCCUAGCGAUGUCCUCCCAGAAGAAACCCCCAGUGCAGGACCUACUUGAGUGGUGGGAAGCCCAGGCCUGCCAGGGCAGUGGAAGAGUCAGAGAGAGCCAAUGAAGCAGCUGGGCAGAGGUGGGAACAGGAAGGAACCCAGCAGUGAGAGAGAGCCCCGUUGGGUCCCUCGAGCCUGCCGGGGAAGGCUGAGGGGAAGAGAAACCAGUCAGCCAAAAGUCCCAGGCAGGGCACUGUGAAUGUCUCCACCCUGGUCGCACCAGGCUUUUGCAUGACUACCCCAAGCACAUAGAGCCACCCAGCAUCCUUGAGUCCCUGAGGAUGGUCUUGCUGGCUCUGUUCUUCGGUCCCCCAAGACCCAUGCUUCCUUCCCCCUUAUUGCCUCCAUCCUCCUGGUAGAAGAAAGAUAGCAUGAGGCACUUCCUCUAGGCUUGAUCUGAUCUCCUCCCAAUCUUUCCCUAACUUUCCCCAUUCCUGUCUGGUUUUCUGGCUUGGGCACCCAACAAAAAUGUUCCCACAGAGAAGAGAGGCUUCCAAGAGUCCACAGACUCCAGCAGAAGCCAAUGGGCCCAGCACAGCCAAGCUGUCUCCGAUGUUCAUCUACGCCCUGCACACAAAGCCUAGGACAGGAUUUCCCUCGUGCGGCUAAGAAUCAGGAGCAGCCAGGCCUCGAUUCAAACCCAGCCCUGUCACAGCCUGGCUUCGUAGGCCGCCAUGCUCCUGCUCUGGGGCCCUUGAGGAUUACAGGAGAAAGUGAGUGCGGCCGUGCUAGAACUUGGCACCUAGUGAGGCUCUGGAGCAGAGGCUACUAACAGAAAAAAUGGCCCCCAGGGGCUGGGACUGCACAACAGGAAGACAGUGCCACCAUCUGACUAGAGGACCUGAGAUCCUCUAAUUGCUUAGAGGUGUCCUGUGGGUGCCUUGAGGGUGAGAGGCUUAAGAAAUCUUCAAGGUCAGACUCCAUUCAAGAGCUGAACUAAUGUCGCCUGCCACUAGCGACAUUAACCCUCGGGGAGGGUUGGACAGGAUCUGGGGAAGCUGCAGGUGCAGAGUGCACUAGAAUUUGAACCCCAGGAUACAGACAAGAAGCUGCCUAAAGGCAGAGAGCCCUGGGCACCGUGGUCCCAGGAAAGGCCAAAGCUCCGGAGGUCACAGAGCUGAGCCUAUUCUUCCUCUGCAGCUGCAGAUGUUGUAAGGGAAAAACAACACAAAACAGGAAGUUCUGAGGAUGCUUUCGCACGUGUUUCUCUCCAGUCACUGCCUCGGCAUCCAAACCAGUUUUCUCCUCUCAGCCUCUUGUGCUCCCAGAUCAGGCCUCCCUCCCUCAGCCCAGAUGUUCCCAACGGGGGUGGGGGGUGGCUUAUGUGACGCUUCACUUCUAGGAUGCUUACAUCUUAGAAAGGCAAGGUGGCAAGCUGCACAGGCAGCUGCAUUGUCAUUUCUUAAUGUCAUUUUUUUCUGAUCCAUAUGAUGGGGGAAAUGUGCUGGGUGUGGCUCACUCCUGUAAUCCUAGCACUCAGGACGCCAAGGCAAGAGUCUCAUAAGUUCAAGGCCAGCCUAGACUACAUAGUGAGACCCUGGAUCAAAACAGCGAAGGCUGGUGGGACAGGAGCGAUGGCUUAGCAACUAAAAGAAGAAAAUAUUCUUGUAAAGGACCAACGUUGGUUCUCAGCACCCACAUAUGGCAACUUACACUCAUGAAACUCUAGCUCCAGGGGAUCCAACAUCCCUCCAUGGGCACCUACAUAUACAGACAGAUAUACAUAUAAAUUAAAUUAAAUAAAUCUAAA